AUGACCGACCUUUCUAGGAUCCCAUUUGGGUUGUCAGCACUGCAGGCCUCACUCUGCGAGAUCGCCAAAAACUUUCUCUGCAAGCGAUGGCACCGGGAUCGGCAGGCGGACCGGGUCGGUCAACGAUGGUACGAAGCAGCUGUUCGGAAUCAGACUCAGGCACAUAGUGCUGCCGCGGACACUCCACGUUCGCCUCCUGCACCGGCCGUCCCGCGCCAGACACGAUCCGCCUUCAGACGAGGCCCUUCGGAAUCGGACCGGGCCCAUCGACUCGUGGAUACACACAUUGAUCACUACAGGGACCGAGAAGCCUCGCCAGCGACUUUCUGGACCAACUCUGGGCCAACCGAGCGACUUGGUCGACCAGCUCAUCUCUAUGUCACGGCCGCGAUGCUGCGAGCGAAUACUGUUCCAUGGCGCGUUACUCCGGCUCAACCGGCCGUUCUUUCGUUGACGCCCAAUUCCUGGGCUGGCGGGCAGGACUUCACACUCCACGGGGUCACUUGCAGCCACGAAGUGGACAACAUCCACUGCGUGUUCUGCUUGGCCGAGGAUGAGAGUCGCGUCGAUGAACGCGUGGUCUUGCGUUGUGUCAGGUGCAAAGGGCUGGCUCACCUUGCUUGUACACAAGAGUGGUUGGAAAAGCGCGAAACCGGGCACGGCACAUCAUGCUGUAUAUGUCGAAUCGAGACCGCCUUCCAUGCCCUGUAUCGUGGACCCAGAGGCCCCUCGCCCUUGCCCGAAGAAAGUUCCGUCGAGGCCAUCGCAGAUAUCUCAUCUGACACAGGCACCACUCCGCCGUCAAUCGACCCUCCCCGGGUUGGAGUGCCGCUCACCCAGCCAGCUGAGCCAAGGCGGCGUCACCGGGACUCCGCAGCGCCGACCGCCCAGGAUGGUGUCCGUCGAUCGGCCAGGCUGGCGCAAGUUCCUGCCCCACUUCGUCGAUCAACCCGCCUUCGCCAGAGCGAAAUGUGA